AUGUCUCCUCUAAUACAUAUUAGUAGUAUCUACAGUAGCGGCUGUAUAUACCUAUGUACAAGAACUACUGCAUUAUAGUGGGCAUCUUUGAGGAGGGCCUGUGAAAUGGGCGCCUGAGUUCGCAUAUCAGUUUGAUCGCGAGUCUGAACUGACUAGUCACGUGAGGGACAAGCUCUCCAAUGAGACGAUUGGUGUGUUGAGUAGUUCUCGAAAUAACCAUUCGACGACGAAGAGGAGCUUUUGUUGUUGUUUCAAAAAGUAGCACUGGGGGUGAUGAUGGAAUCAAAACAAACGCAUAAAUCGUGUCUCUGAGUACAUUUGGGCAUUGUUUGGACAACAUGAACCACAAGAACGCAAACAUGAGUCAAGUCAGUGAGAAACGCGACAAGAACUUUAAUGAUGCGAUGCCAGACUCCAGAAACAGCUCCUCGGCCAGUUUUGAACCGGGACCUUCGAGAUCCCCGACCUCUGAGUCGGACCUGGACCUCAGCCAAGCUGUGCUCAAUAAGGGUGACGAGGAGGAAAUGCUAAUCACUGGUUAUGAAACCGUCCCGUGGCGGUUGAUUCUGGUGUGGUUGGGCAAAAUACUCUCAUUGGGCCUAUUCUGGUUACUCUUGUACUGGGUGCCCCGAUGGGAAUUGUUCCUGACAUCCAAGCGCACCAUCUUGAGCAAGGCCAACCAGAUCCUGGUCAAGGAGGAAUACAAAGGCCGAUAUUGCCGGUAUUAUGUGAAGGCAGUCAAGACCGUGAAGGCCUCCAAGUCUGCCUCGGACAACGUGACGUUCGACAUUCCCAAUCCAUUUGGUCCCGGUCAUCGCAGUGUCCACAGUUACAAGUAUUUCAACUGUAAGAAAGUCAAGUACAUCUGGGACGAGAACAAUGCUCAAUUCUUCCCACUGUCUGGUAUGGACCACCAAAUGCCCAUCAGUGUGUUCCACGCCCAAACUGGCCUCCAUUCAGCCCAACAGAUCCAAAGACGAUCCAUCUACGGAAACAAUGCCAUUGUGAUCCCGAAGCGAAACAUUCUGUAUCUUUUGAUCAAGGAGGUGUUGAAUCCCUUUUAUGUGUUCCAAAUCGCGUCUGUUCUUCUAUGGUUUCUGGAUGAGUAUAUUUACUAUGCCGCGGCUAUUGUCAUCAUGUCAGCUGGGGGAAUCACCACCGCUGUCUAUCAAACCAAGAAGAACGAGAAGCGCCUUCGAUCCACCGUUAUGUUUUCGGACACCGUUGAGGUGUUCCGUGGGAACGAUCUCCUAGAGGUGAUCUCCUCCGAUGAUCUAGUUCCUGGUGAUAUAAUAACCAUUCCAUCUCAUGGCUGUGACCUGCAUUGCGAUGCUGUGCUCAUCUCAGGCAAUGCCAUUGUGAACGAAGCUAUGCUCACCGGAGAAUCUGUUCCUGUGACCAAAACAAUGCUCCCUAAAGGCGGCAGUGAAAUCUAUGAUGGCAAAGAACACUCAAGGAGCACCUUAUUUGGAGGAACGAGGGUCAUUCAAACCCGACAAUACAAGGGUCAGAAGGUCUUGGCCGUGGUCGUACGAACUGGGUUUGCCACUACCAAAGGCAAACUGGUUCGAACCAUUCUUUACCCUGCUCCGGUGGACUUCAAGUUUGAGCAAGAUUCCUAUAAAUUUGUGGGUUUCCUCGGAGUCUUAGCAGCUGCGGGAUUCAUUUACACUUGUGUUACUCAGUUAAUGGAUGGUGAAAGCAUCAAGGAUAUCGCCUUGGAUGCGCUAGAUUUGAUCACCAUCGUGGUUCCACCCGCAUUGCCCGCGGCCAUGACCAUUGGCAGUAUCUACGCUCAAAAACGCCUCCAAAGGAAAGGCAUCUUCUGCAUCUCACCCCGGAACAUCAACGUUUCGGGAAGCGUGGAUUGCGUUUGUUUCGACAAGACCGGAACUCUCACGGAAGAUGGUUUGGACAUGUGGGGAGUGAUUCCGGUAAAGCAAGGCUCGGACGAGAAGGAUCCCAAAUUCGCCGACCAUGAGAAAACGCCGAGUAAUUUGGACAAGGGGUCAGAAUUGAUUCGAGGUAUGGCCACGUGUCACUCCUUGACCAUCAUUGAUGGCGAGCUUAGUGGAGAUCCAUUGGACUUGAAGAUGUUUGAAUCCACCGGAUGGAUCCUCGAGGAACCAACAGGGAAUUCCUCGGAAAUGUAUGACCAAAUUGCUCCAACUGUGGUUCGACCACCAGAACCUCCAGGGUCACCCAAACGGUCAGAGAGUGAUCUUGGUGAUAACGACAUCGGGAUAAUCCGCCAAUUUCCUUUCUCAUCCAAUCGACAAUGCAUGUCGGUCAUUGUCCGGAGAUUGCCCGCUAACCCUUUUACAGUGUUUUGCAAAGGAUCGCCGGAAAAAAUCGCCUCCAUUUGCGUUCCGGAAACCAUCCCGAAAAACUUCCACGAAGUCUUGCAAGAAUACACACAAAAAGGAUACCGAGUGAUUGCAUUGGCCAGAAGGUACAUGGUCAAAUCCUUGAAGAUUACCAAAAUUGAACGCAUGGAGCGGGAGGAGGUUGAGCAAAGUCUCGUGUUCGUUGGCCUGAUCAUCUUGGACAAUAGACUGAAAGAAGAGACCACUCCCAUAAUUGAGCAACUGCAAAAUGCCAGACUCCGGACCAUAAUGGUGACUGGAGACAACGUCAACACGGCCCUCUCAGUGGCCAAGGAGUGCAAAAUCAUCCCUUACGGUCGUGUCAUCAUGGUUCACGCCUUCUUCCCGGAUCCCACCAAGCCUAUUUGCCCGAAAGUAGAGUUCACUCUGUGCGACACGGUCAGUGGACCCAAACCGAUCAACGGCAUGAAAAUCCUGGACAUGGACGAUCGAUAUCACAUGGCUUUGGACGGGAGUAGUUUCGAGAUCAUCCGCCUGCAUUUCCCGGAGGUCUUAGACCGGGUCACGGUACGGGGAGCUGUUUUCGCCCGCAUGAGUCCGGAGCAAAAGCAAAUCUUGGUCGAACACCUCCAAGAGUUGGGCUAUUGUGUGGCCAUGUGCGGGGAUGGAGCCAACGAUUGUGGAGCCCUCAAGGCAGCUCACACUGGAAUCUCUUUGUCGGAGGCUGAAAGUUCCGUCGCUUCGCCCUUCACCUCCAAGGAGCCCAAUAUUUCCUGCAUGCCCGAAUUGAUCAAAGAGGGUCGAUGUGCUCUGGUCACCUCGUUUGGCAUCUUCAAGUACAUGGCCGCCUACUCUCUUACUCAGUUCACCACCGUGCUCAUCCUCUACAGCAUUGACUCCAAUCUGUCGGAUAUACAGUUCCUCUACAUCGAUCUCUUCCUCAUCACAGUGUUUGCAUUCUUUUUCGGACUCACUGAAGCAUUUGAAGGCGAUCUUGCCCCGCAUCCUCCAAUGAAAUCACUCAUCAGUUUCACGCCCAUCUUGUCGCUCCUAUUGCAAAUGGUUAUCAUUAUUUCAUUCCAAUGUCUGGCAUUUUUCUACGUUCAAUCUCAAGAGUGGUUUGUCCCAUUUGAUGGCGACAAUCCUACCUACAAUGGAACGAAAUGGGAAGACUACUACCAAGCCACCACCAUCGAGGAUUCUGAGGUGGCGUGCUGGGAGAACUACGCGGUAUUCACCAUCUCGGCCUUUCAGUAUAUCAUCUUGGCCUAUGCCUUCUCCAAAUCGUCACCAUACCGCAAAAUGAUCUACACUAAUCUCUGGUUCAUUGCCUCGUUGCUAUUUAUGACUGCAUUCACCCUUUACAUUGUUCUGUACCCAUCUUACUAUUUUCAAAGCAGUUUCGAAACCCUCUUGCCUCCAAUUGAGGGCUUUCGAUUUGUGAUGAUUGGUUUUGUUGUGGCUAAUGUGGUCAUUUGCGUAUUAACGGAAGAUUACUUCAUGGAGUUUGUAAUCUUCAGACACUGCCGUAAAAGUUGCCACAAUCACGAGAAAUCCAAGCGUGUGUAUCUAUCAGUGGAUAAAUGGAUGAAAAACACCCCUUCUUGGCCACCCAUCUCUUCUAGAAGUAGUCGGAAACCGAUCCGAGACACACCCACCGACUCUUCCCCGAUUGACGGGCUCACAGUCGUUACCGAGGUGGUGAGGAACGAUGAGGAGGCUUUCCAAGAAAUGACUGGCAACCACGAGCUCUAUCCUAAGACGGCCUUGGCAGAGAACUCGCAUAUAAUUGCCGCAGCCAUUUUGAACUCCAUGCCCAAUACACCCACAAAGUCGAGGCCAACUUCUGAAGUGAUGGACAUCGACGAUUCUUGACAUCAUAGUGGUUCCAUUUUAAUGAACGAGACGAGCGUAAUCGAUUGUAUUAUAAUGAAUGAAAGCAGCAAUGAAACGUUUUUUAGCCA